GUUUACAUCUGCUAACUAUGUAGCCAGAUGUGGGUUAGGGAGAGUUGUGGUGCUAAUGCUGAGGGAGAGUUAUGGUGCUAAUGCUGAGGGAGAGUUGUGGUGCUAAUGCUGAGGGAGAGUUGUGGUGCUAAUGCUGAGGGAGAGUUGUGGUGCUAAUGCAGAGGGAGAGUUAUGGUGCUAAUGCAGAGGGAGAGUUAUGGUGCUAAUGCGGAGUUUAUUCAACGUCUGAGGGUAAAUACCGCUGUGCCGCUCUGAAAACCAAACAAGAACGAUCACUGCAGGAGUUUAAUAAGUCGAUAUGCCGCUCAGAAUGGCUCGUUGGCUGUUUACUGUGACGUAGCAGAAGAAAUGCUAACGUAAACCUCUGUUUCGGUUUCAGUUCUUCCUCUGAUACUUCAGCCUGUGGAAAAUCCACAGUCACCUGAUGACGAGAGGAAGAUGUCAUCUAACAUCCUGCUAUAUAACCCUGACAAAGAAAAGCAGGCUCGCUGACGACGACACGGUCACACUUGGACUUGGUAUGCGGGAAUUAGCCGUCUAUAAUGGUUCACUGAACAUCGAGACAGAAGAUUACUGAGGUGACCUCUAUUCUCAAACUGAUAGCUGUGUAAAGGUGUGCUGAGAACAGUUUAGGAGACAGCAGAGAUGUCUGACACUGAGAGAAGUCUGCCGGUCCUUCGCAGACUGAGCUAUGCUCUGGGACACUUCCUCAACGACCUGUGUGCAUCCAUGUGGUUUACAUAUCUGCUUGUCUUCUACCACGCAGUCCUGGGCUUUCAGAACUCAAAUGCAGGUGUUCUUCUCCUGGUUGGACAGGUAGCUGAUGCUGUCUGUACUCCUCUUGUUGGCUAUGAGUCUGACCGAACCCCCGGCUGUGGCAGUUAUGGCAAAAGAAAAACAUGGCAUUUAGUAGGUACAUUGAGUGUGAUGCUGUCUUUUGCAUUCAUCUUCAACCAGUGUCUGGGCUGUGACUCCCUCACCCCUCAGUGGGUCAGUUUGACCUACUUCGUCCCAUUCAUCAUCGUCUUCCAGUUUGGCUGGGCUGCGACUCAGAUCUCCCACUUGUCCCUGAUUCCAGAGCUCGUCUCUUGUCAGCAUGCUAAAGUAGAGCUAACUGCAUACAGGUAUGCAUUCACAGUAAUUGCCAACAUCACUGUGUAUGCUCUGGCUUACCUGCUGUUCCAUGUCCAGGCUGGAGGGGGCGAUGACCCGCUCGAUGAAACACUGGGGCCAGAUGAUAUGCCUGUCUUCAGGAAUCUGGCGUUGAUUGUGCUGGGCAUCGGUGCACUCUUCUCUCUCCUCUUCCACCUUGGGACCACAGAGCAGAGGUCUAUAGUGGGAGACGAGGAAAGGGACAGGGAGAGGACAGAAGAAGGAGAGGAGAACGGGGAGCAGACGCCAUUACUUUCUCGCCCUAAGACCCGUUCGUCUCUCCUGCAGUGGAAAUGUUGGCUGCAGCAGCCGGCCUUUUACCAGGUGGCCUUACUCUACAUGUCAACCAGGUUAAUAGUCAAUCUGUCCCAGACUUACAUCUCCAUGUACCUCAUCAACACCCUGGGGCUGCCCAAGAAGUUUAUUGCAACAAUCCCAUUAGUGAUGUUCUUGAGUGGGUUUUUAUCCUCCUUCAUCAUGAAGCCUGUCAGUAAACUCAUUGGAAAGUGUCUCACCUACUUCGUGGGUCUGCUGCUGAUCCUGGCCUUCUCCUCCUGGGUGCUGCUCGAUGAUAAGAUGGAUCAGCGUGUGUAUGGGGCAGCAGUACUGCUUGGGUCAGGGUCAGCCACAAUCCUGGUCAUAUCACUCGCCAUGACAGCUGAUCUGAUCGCUGAUCAGACGCAAAGUGGGGCGUUUGUUUAUGGAGCCAUGAGUUUCACUGAUAAAUUUGCUAAUGGAGUGGCAGUGAUGGCCAUCCAGGCUUUGCAUCCGUGUCACACCAUAGUCUGCUGCCCUGCAUGUGUGUGGUAUUAUCACUACGUCAUGGUCAUAGUAACAGGAGGCGUGGCUGUGGUUGCAGCCCUGGCUCUCUGCUCCAUCUUCAUCUGGCCAAUCAAGAUCCGACCACGAGAUCUACCAGACAUCUCUGAGGAUGAACCCACAGUCAACUAAAAACCAGCGCUGCACCCAGAGGGACCAUCCUGCUGCAGCGGAUCAGAGGAGCUUUAUUCUUGUUUUAUUCAUCUCAACUUUUAAGGGGAAAUACUGUUUACUUACUAAGUUCAACCAAAAGGCACCUGUGAAGGUGUUUCAGGAGUAAGAAGGGAAUCCAGGAAAACUGAAAAGGGCCAGUUUUAUGCCCACAUCUUGUUUUCAUUACCGCUACUUUAAAUCUGUGAUUACAAUUGUUUAUAUUCUCUAAUCACGCUGUUGUGUAGCCUUCAGUCCUUUAGUUCCUCUCUGUUUCAUUGAGGCUGGGUUAACCCCUCGUUAAGCUCCGCCCUCACUGUGGACAAACCCGCCCUUCUUGAUUACUCUAGCAAGGUCAGAGGUUGUCCCGGGUUUCUUCCUAUUUGAACAAAUAGAAAAAAAACUUUGAUUUGACUUCUCUCUAUCUGGAUUUAGUUGGUCAGAUUCUUUUAUAAACUUGUCCAGUGAAAGACAAAGCUAUGCUAUGGUGUGAGAGGGUAACUGGAAAUCUGACGUCUGAUGCUAAUGAUAGCUGUCCUCCACAUCAACAAAACAUUUGUUUGGCAAAAAUAAGAUGUUAAACAUUCCAGUCCGUUUUACUAGACCAGCACUGGCUUAAUCAGUGUGUGCUGAUGGGAACUUUACAGCUAGCUUUAGUGCUAAUGUUGCAGAAUCAAUAUCAACAUUACACAAGGCUAAGGUUACUAAGAAGAGAAUGAUAGUCUGCUAGGCUAAAGCUACUUGUUAAUAUCAGAAAUGCUGUCUCUCAUGUCAAGCAUACGAGCAUUCCUGGUGUCUUACCAGACGGCAUUUGUAACAGAAACGGUGAAAAUUUCCCUGAUCUAUGACCCUCCUGUGUAGCAAACAAACGGUCAGUGUCGUCUAGUUGUUUCUUUCAAAAGUGCCUUCAUUCUUUUCUUUACAGAUUUAUUUUGGGGCUUUUUGCCUUUCUUUGAGAGAGAGGACAGUGGACAGAAUAGGGAUGAGAGAGUAGAACCACAGGCUCUAUUUGAACCCGGGCCGUCCACAUACAUCAGGCGCGACCUAACUACUGGUCCAUCUGCGCCCCCAGACUGUUUCAGUUUCUGUGUCAGAAAGAAGAUUGGCUUUGACUUCUUCAUAGUCAGCGUUGUGAGUCGACCUCUGGUCUGCUAGCUCAUUGUUGGGCAUUUUCAGUCAGAAGGAGUUUUCUGAUCUAUGAGCGCACAAUUCCAGGUGGAUCAGGAUUUAUCAAGACAACCUUGUGUGAGGAUGUGUGUGUGUGUGUGUAUGCAUGCUUUUAUAAACCUGAGUUGUCUUUGGCCUAAGUCAGUUUAGGGUUUUUAGUGAAGAUGAAUAGAUGCUUCAUAUGAGCCAGUAAUGAUGCAGCUGACAACUCCAUCAGUCUUUGUCUAGCACCAACUCAUGACCAAAGAUGUCUCAAGACACUCUAAAAGGAGGGCAGGCCUAGACCGUGCAGUUAAAGACACUAAUUACCAUGAGCUCAGCACUAUCAAUAUUUACCAUGCUGACGGAGGCGAGGAAGACCCGAGCCAAUGAAAGCAGAGCAGAGUCAGAGUCUGCUGUAGAACUGUGGCUGCAGCAUUAUUCUGAUCCAUAGCUAAAUCUGAUGUUAAAACGAAACUCAAUCUUUAUUAUUUUGUGGCCAGUCGUUUAAAUCAAAGUAUUUGUGAACACACUAGAUCACUGUUGAUACUAAGCGUGGCUCUUUUGGGAUUUUUUUUUUGGCUCUUUUAUAACUUAAUUUGGAAUAUUAUUCCA